CGCUCUCUGACAACAGGAUGGAACACCGCUCCUAUUAGACUCGGUCGAGCAGAUGUCUAUCGGAUCGACGUCUGACUCCAACAGCCCUCCACAUCCAAUACGACCAACAUAGUAAGAGCGCUUAUAUGCAUCACCGACUGUGCCGCAGUCUGCGCGUAACGCCAGGUUUCGGGCUCCAAAAUGGCACGUAGCUGCAUGGGAUCUAGUGGGUCGCCGACCCUUUUAAGGCUGGUUCCGCGCGGCUUCCUCCCGUAGCGACUCGCAUGUGUCGGUCCAGUUCUUGGAUACGCAGGCUGGCGAGUACUCAGGGCAUCUUUUCAAUAUGGAUCAUGCUCCCUUUGACCUCCCAAUCGCGCCACCACCGCCGGGGCAGAAGUCCGAUUUCGAUGCGCCUGCCCACGAUGCGAAAGCUUUAUGGGUACUCGCUCUUCUCACCGUCACCCUUGCUUUUCUUGCGGUAGGCGUGCGGAUGUAUGUUAAGGGCUGGAUAACAAAACAACGCGUGUCAUGGGACGACGCAGCUUGCAUAGUGGCGUUGCUUCUGGCUAUCACGCACACCUACAUCAUAUUGAAAGAACUCGAUUACGGCUUAGGGAAGCACAUGUGGGAUGUGCGCGCUGUAUCGCUCACACAUUUCGGGCUCUUGAUCAUGCUUGUGUCCAACCUCAUCAUCGCACUCAAUAUGCUGUUUGUGCGGAUAUCUAUCCUCGCCCUCUACCACCGACUCUUCGCUAUCUACAAGACCUCAAAAAGACUCAUAUACCUUGGCUACGGCAUCUCCCUGCUCAUUGCGCUUCCAGAAUUUGGGGUAGCGAUUAUCCGGAUUGUCAGGUGUUCCACAGCGCUUGGGGCUCUCACAGACUCGUAUUGCAAGCAACGGCCUAACAGCAUUAUGAUCACUACCUUCACAGCGGUGGGCGUACUUACGGAUAUCUUCAUUUACUCGAUUGCCAUUUCUCGGAUUCGACUAGUACAAGUAAAACGCAAUAAGAAAGUGCAACUCAUAGUGGUAUUCGCGAUGGGACUUGCUGCAUUGGUUUUCGCUGUAGCCAACUUAACCUUCGUUUCUAUCCACUUUCAUACCACGGACCAGCUUUGGUAUGCCUUUUGGGUAGCGCUCUUCAAAUUACUCGAGACGAACAUCGGAUUGGCUUGUGCCUGCGCAACUUUUCUGCCUCCUUUUUGGAAAGCGUGGAGGACUACGCUUCCUUCGAUAGGCUCUGGUCUCCGCGUGAGAUCACAAGACACUUCGAACGAUGACGGGAGUGGCUGGACGAAAUCUGGUGUUUCAAACAGACACCGCUCAGAUGACGCUCUAGUAGAUACAUUUGACUUACACCUUGACGAAAUAAAUGCCUCGAAAUAAGCGCAUUUACACGAUACGAUCUGGUGGCGCGUCUUGAGCUAGGGGGAAUGUUGGUGGUCAGUGCACGGGUUUGCGGUUUACACUCUCGUACGGGUUACGAUUAAGCGCGCUCGGUCAGCAACGAAUAAUAUAAAAGGGGUUGAAAGACUCCCACUGUAUUGUACUCGUACAUCGCUUAUUCUAACCCCU